AUGGAAGCACUGAAAAAGACGAUAGCAGCUGAAACGGCGUCGAAGCAAACGGCCACUGAAGAGAUGUCUAUAGCGAAACAGCAAAUACAGCAGCUGGCAGAAGAGAAACGAUCUUUGGAAGAGCAGCUAAAGAAGACGAUGAGUGAUGAAGCAGAGAUGAAGGAAAAGCUUUCGAAUCUCGAGCGAGAUAAGGAGGCCAUACAAAGGCAGCAUGAAGGUUUCAAGGAGGCCAUGCAAAGGCAGCAUGAAGAUUUGAAGGAGGCCAUGCAAAAGCAGCAUGAAGAUGAGCUUGAAAUUGGUACGGACUCAGUUACAGCAGCAAGAAGGAACAUCCUCACAAACACAACAACAGGUAAGCAUGCAAGCAACGAGGUCGCAGAAGCGUUGGAAAAAGUUCGAUCGGCUGAGGAGACCAAAUUAGCUGUGGAGAAGGUUAUGGAACAACUGAAGUCUGAAUUAGCUGAGAAGCAAAGAGAGGUCACUUCUCUUCGGUUAAUAGAAGCGAACGCGAACGUGAUGGUUUCUGAGGCGAAGCAGAAGAUUGAUCUUUUCAAUGAACUCGAGCAAGAUUGGCAGAAGAAGCAGUUACGACUUUGUGAGAAGAUCGAUGAGUUAACUAUUGAAUUGGAACAGGCCAAGAACAGAACUCAAAGCGAGGAGGUGAAUUCGUUGAAAAGAGAGCUUGCCUUUACCAAUUCAAUCAUUGCCGAUCAAAGGAGGAAGGAAGUGAAGCUGCAAGAAGAGAUUGAAGCUCUCAAAAGUUUCUCAGCUGAUUCAGUGAAUGUGCCACUAAUGUCGGCUGCGAAUCGUGAAGUGAAGCCAGAGAAUGUACUGUGA